UCAACAGGUGGUGGAUCUUCAAAAUUUAAACAACUAAUAAUUAUACUAAUACAGGGCACCACAAUGUCAACUUUGGACUACUCCGACUCACUUCGAGCCUGCAGCAGAUCCUCCUGGAAAAACGUCCACAACUGCAAAUUGUGCCCCUAUUUUACAACAUCGCUCUUCUUUAUGGUGAACCACGUGCGACGACACCGUCUCCCCGUGAAAAAAUUCAGUUGCCAAAGCGCCAAAAUCGAAUUAUACCAGUGUAAAGAGUGCGAUUUUAAAACGGAACUAACGAUUGUGUUCAAGCACCACAUUAAUAGACAUCACAGCCUUAAACACAAAAAAAACGACUGGUUUUACUGUACACAAUGUUCCUACAAAGCUCAACACAAACGGUAUUUGAAAAGUCACCUAGAAAAACACAAUUUGAACAAGCCUUAUGCCUGUGAUCAGUGUCCAUUUAGAACUAGACAAAAACGAAAUUUAAGAUUCCACGUAAACCGAAUACAUUUAGAUGAACACGAUGCUACGUGGCACAAGUGCCAAAAUUGUCCGUUUAAAACCAGAACAAAAGCGACUUUAACAAGACACUUAAGUACCUUACACUUGAACGAAGAAGACAUUAAAUGGUACCAAUGCACCGAGUGUCCAUUUAGAACUAAAUACACAAGUUCAUUGAAGCUCCACGUCACUCUGAAACAUCUAGACAAAGAAAAAAUUAACUGGUACGAAUGCAAACAGUGUCCAUAUAAAAGUAAGUUAAAAGUAGGGUUAAGACUCCACGUAAAUCGUCACCACUUAAAAUACAUAAAAGUAGAAGACGCUGUAUGGCACCAAUGCAAAAAGUGUCCAUUUAUAACUCGGAUUAAAGGUAAUUUGAAGGCACACGUCACUACGAAACAUCUACCAGACAAAGAAAAAAUCAAGUGGUACGAAUGUGAACAGUGUCCGUUUAAAAGUAAACGUAAACAUAGCUUAAAAAGGCACGUGGAUGUUGUCCAUUUAUUAAAGAAACAAAAUCGUGUUUCGGAUCAUUUAAAGCGUCAUUUAAUUUGUACACUUUUGGAUGAAGAAAAAAUCAAGUGGUACGAGUGCAAAAAAUGCCCUUUUAAAACUAGCAAAAAAUAUGGUUUAAAAACUCACAUGAACAACUUACACUUGGACGAAGAUGAUAUCAAGUGGCAUCAGUGUAGUGAGUGUUCUUUCAAGGCUAAACACUCGUAUCAAGUAAAGCGUCACGUGAUUUGUAGACACUUGGAUGAGGAAAAAGUCAAGUGGUACCAGUGCGAAUAUUGUCCACGUAGGACGAAACUAAGGAGUUAUUUAACGUCGCAUAUGAAUAAAUGCCACUGGGAAAAAACCGAAGCUAAUAAAUGGUACAAAUGCGAUCAGUGUCCUUACAAAAGUAGAAUUAAAUCGUGUCUUUAUAAACAUACAGAAAAACGACAUAUAUAAAAUUAAAGUUUUUAAGAAAAACAAA